AUGGCCGAUGACUCGGCGCGAAUCRUGGUCGUAGAAAAAUGCCUUUUGAAUAUUGACGCAGCCAUGGAAACAAARUCUUACMAAGGAUUUGAUAGUGUGUUUAAUCAUAUCAGAGAGUUUGGUCCUUAUCAAGCCAAGGUUUACUUUGGUGUAUGUUUUAUUAUUCUACCUCUUGGAAUGCAGCUUGCUUGCCUGGUGUUUGCAAUGGGAACCCCCCAGUUUCACUGUGCACAAGUCAACUCGACAUGUCCCCCCAAUAAAUGCUGUGAUAACUGUACAUCGUACUCGUUUGAUGGACCUUUCACGAGUAUUGUGUCUGAUUGGAAUCUAAUUUGUGAUCGGGCUCACUUGGCAGCCAUCACGCAGUCUGUAUUCAUGGCAGGAAUGCUGGUAGGAUCGGUUAUCUUUGGCAUCGUGUCCGACGCAUUUGGUCGACGAAAAACCAUUUAUUUUUCCAGCUUUGUCAUGGUGUUAUUUGCCGUUGGAUCAGCUUUUACUGAGUCUCUGUCACUGUUUGCCUUGUUACGGUUUGUCGUUGGAGCAUCACUGACAGGCRUCAUGAUCACACUCUUUGUUUUUAUCAUCGAACUUGUGGGUCCAUCAAAACGAGCAAUGGCUGGUAAGCUUGAUCAUGUCUACUGGGUGGCGUCUGGUGGAAUGGCUAUCUUGCUGGCUUACYUUAUACGAGAUUGGAGUUAUCUCCUGCUGGCCGCCAGUCUCCCWCUACUCAUUGUUUUCCUGUUCUGGAGGGUAUUUCCCGAGUCAGCUCGGUGGCUUGCCUUGAACGGUAGAAGAAAAGAGGCUUGUGAAAUUCUUUUAAAGUUUGGUGGGAAAAAUGGCAAGUCGUUGGAUGAGGCGCAAGUCAUGGACGCAUUGGAAAGCACUGGCGAGCAGGAUGAUAUAAAAAUGUUGAAGCAAGUUGUUGACUUAUUUAAGGCCAAGAAACUUAGAAAAAGAAUUAUCAUCGUUUCAUUUCUCUGUUAUAAAUCAUUAUUUUUAGAUUACCCGAAAGUCAUCCUGACGAUAACCAUGAUUGGCAAGUUUUUCUGCUCGGCAUCAUUCUCGUUUGUGUAUAUCUAUACUACUGAACUAUUCCCUACAGCGAUCAGAAACGUGGCAGUAGGGAUAGGGUCCAUGUGUGGCCGAAUUGGUUCAAUUAUCGCUCCUUUCAUUGUUAUGCUGUCCCAGCUUCCAAACGUGAGUGUGACUCUACCAAUUGCCAUCUUUGGUGUUGUAACCGUUGCAGCUGGUUUACUCWCAUUGUGCCUCCCAGAGACGCUUGGUGAAAUAAUGCACCAAACGAUAGAGGAGGCAGAAACWUCACCGGACAGCUACACAAUACCCUGCUGUCCUUGGAGAAAAGACUUUGGGAAGAUACCAGUUGAAAUUAUCGAUGAAGAAGCAAUUAAAAUGACAAAAAAAUGACUUGGAGAUGAGUUGGAUUGGACACACAAGAAUGAUAUCUUAUUAGUUAAAGUAGUGUUUAGAAAAUAAUGUGCUUAAAUUAUUCCAUAUCAUGAUUGGAUAUUGAACCAUCUUCUAUUGUAAUCGUUAAAUGGUGACUAAAUAGACUAACUAUCUUUUAGAUAAUUAAGACUUAUCUGUAAAAAACAAUUUUGUUUUUACAAUUAGAGCAAAACGCAGGAAAACCAUGAAAUAAAAUCAAACUAAAUACUAGCAAAUAGUGGCUAUUUAGAGACAAUUUGUCAGUAUCAAUGAACCAGAAUGCAAUCAAGAUAAAUCCACAUGAGAAAAUUUUUCAUUUAUCUUGCUUGCGUUCUGGUUCUGAUUGUCUCUUAAUAUUUCAUGGUUUUCCUGUGUUUCUCUAGCACAUAAAACACUGACUGAUUGUUAGUAAUACUCCAGUUAAAAAAGUGAACUUUCAAAAUAAGGAGUUGCUCACUAGUAGUCUACUAUUUCAAGAGCCAAGUGUAUCGACUCUAUUUGUUUUAAGUAGUAUUAAAUUUUUCUGGGUCUCUGAACUAAAUAUAAAAAUAAACAAUAGGUUUAAAUAAAUA